AUGGAUUUUGAGGGAGAAAUUGGUGCAGAUAAUUACAUGGACAGCAAGGCGGGUGGAUUGGAGGUUGGCCGGAGAAGGAUUGGUGAAGAGGGUUUCGGGAAUAGCUGCCUUGAGAUUGACAAUGCUGGUGGUAUUAUUGGUGAAACCUCAUGUAGAGGUGAAUCCUCCCCUGUUGGGCAAGGAAGUGGGAUUGCAGAUAUAGCAGCUAGUGGUAGUGUCGAGGCUGGGAAAAAUGAUAUUGAAUAUGUUGAUCCCAUGCCAUCUGACCCCCCAUUGGCUGCUGCUCUUAAUGUUGAUCUAGGGAGUCAGUUGGUAGAGGUGACAAUCAAUCCUGAAUCUCAUGAUAAUCUUGGUAUCCAAAAAAAGAAGAAGUAUGCCCGAAGAAAACCUAAACAAACUGUCCCCAGCAUACCUGAGGAUAUGAUUGUUGAACCUUCCAUAGGCCUUACAGGCAGCACUUCUUCUUUAAAAAUUGUACAAGGCUACAAGCUAUAG